GCAAAAGUCAAAACCAGCACUUCAAAAACCAAAUGUAACGGCUAGGCAUCGACUACUCCAAUUUGUUUCCCUAAAAACUUUCCUGACGACACCCAAAGUCCAGUUCCUCUUCCACCAUCUCUCUGAAAUCGGAAACCUCAAUUAGUUCUUGUUAUCUUCCGUGGCUUUGGGAUUCUUCAGGAUACGCAGUCAAUUUUCUGGGGUCUUCAAUAUUAUGGAGAUUUCGCCAGAAACGGACCAUUACAUUCGAGAAUCUAUAGAGCAUUCCCUGGGUCUCCCAGUGUCGACCCAAACUCUUCAAUCGAAGCUCCAAGCCUCCCAACAAUCACUCACCCUGCUCCGCAAUCAGUGCAUUUCGUUGCAAUCCAAACUCAAAGAAAAAGAUUGCAUCAUUGAACGCGCUAGGGCCGAGGCGAGUUUGAAUGCGGUAGGGCUGAAGAAGUUCGUGGAGGAGAAUCAGAAACUGGCUAUAGAGUGCUCGAAUUUGUUGGAACAGUGCAAGAGAUGGGAGAGGGAGUGCUCGUUAUAUGAUUGUGAUCGGGAGGCUUUGAUGGAUUUUGGGAAUGAGGCGGACCAGAGAGCCAAGGACGCAGAGUUACGUGUGAAGGAGUUAGAGAAGGAGGUAGAGAAGUUGGAGGAGGAAUUGCAGUUCUACAAGUUGGAAUCCCAACUGAUUGGUACUUCCAGAGAAGAAGCGUGUACCGGAAAAGGUUUGCUGGAGUCUUUGCUGUUAAGCACAAUGAGCCGAGAUGAAGUUCAAUCAAAAGCGCUUGCUUUUCUAGAGGCAAAUACGGAUGUUGAGGUUUGCCAAAUAUUGCUAAAGAGGUGGAAAAGAUUGAAUCCAUCAACACACCAUACGCUUGCAUUGGCAGCUGAAGUCCGAACAUUGCUGACAGAUAAGGAACACUUAUUAAUCAACCUUCAUAGAGCCGAAGAGGAGGUGAAACUUUUGGCUGAAGAAAAUAAUAUGCUGGAUGAAGAGAACAAGAGGCUAGUGCAACAGUAUCAGAAGGAGAAGCGUAAAUCUAGUUCUGAUGGAAAGAACACAAGUAGUACUUCUGCGAAGGGAAACAAAAGAAAAUCGUGUGCCAAGAUCAGCAGUCCAGUUGACAGAAAGAUUGACUUCAAUAGUGUUGUUGACUCGUCUAGGCUGCCCUUAUCACCUCUAAGAGAGAACUCGCCCGAGUGUAGAGCUUACAAGAAGUAGCAGAAAUUUGGUGAAUUUAAAAAACUCUAGCAUUUCCCCAACUCUUUGUGUAUCAAAAAUUAGUGUUUUCUGCUCAUCUUAAGUGUAAGUAAUUCAUGCUAGUUUUGACCGUCUAUAGCAAGUUAGGUUCACUUCAUUUACUUUUGUUUAGCCGAAGCGAAUCAAACAUGUUAUUUUAUUUCCUUCUUUUCAUUAUCCUUAUUUUUAUCCAAAGGGAAUUCCGUCCAAGAAUAACAAUUGUGCAUGUAUGCAACACAAUUUUUUUAAAAUGACUAUAGGGUUGUUACCCUAUGACUUCUUUC